AUGUCAGCUCUUCCUCGAUCCACCGCGAUCCACCACCUACUAUGGAAUUGCGCGGGCCUCGCAUCGUCGGGACGUGCCAACUUGAGGGUUUCAGGCCUCCAGGUUAACGAGAAGGGUGUCAAUGUUGGGCCGCCCAUAUAUCGGGACAAGGCUCCUGGGGCGGAUCCUCCCCCAUGGCUAAGUUUUGCCCCCGUUUGCCCCCAACUAGGUGUAAUAGCUCGACGGACCAGCACAGACUUUGACUUUGAAGUGGGAACAAUUCCGCUGGGGAUCUCAGGUAGGCGGAUACUUGUGGAUAUACACAUGUAUUGUGUGGUCCUGCAAAAGGGCCUAGCCUGGGCCUACACAGUCAGGAGGGGAAAAGGGAGGGGGAAGGGGGGCAAUACCUUCAACAUGUUGCCUCAUCCACAGGCCGAAACGGGUGAGGAGAUGGUACCAGUUGCCGCUGGCCAACAACAGGCCGGCAGGAACAGCGCGGUACGUCCGAAACGAAGACAUGCCAUCAUUGAUUCAUUGGUGGUCGUUCUUCAAAUCAAUGCGUCCGGAGGUAUUCCGCUCACACCGGGGGCCAAUUUCGCACUGGCAUCCGUUCGGCCACAUUGGUUUCUUGGCGCCGCGAGCCCUUUCGACGCCUGGGAAGAUUUCCCGUAA